AUGAGCGUAGAGCUUCGUGUGGGAAACCGAUUCCGCAUCGGGCAAAAAAUUGGUUCCGGUUCGUUUGGUGAAAUAUUCCGGGGGACAAAUAUUCAAACAGGUGAUCCGGUUGCCAUCAAGUUGGAGCAGGUAAAAACCCGCCACCCGCAACUUGCCUUUGAGGCCCGCUUUUACCGCGUUCUCAACGCUGGUGGCGGUGUUGUGGGUAUUCCUAAUGUUCUUUACCAUGGCGUAGAAGGGGAAUUUAACGUGAUGGUUAUUGAUCUUCUCGGGCCCUCAUUGGAGGAUCUUUUCAGUUUCUGUGGUCGUCGGCUGUCAUUGAAAACAACGCUGAUGUUAGCGGAGCAGAUGAUUGCGCGUAUUGAAUUUGUCCACAGUAAGAGUAUAAUUCACCGUGAUAUUAAACCUGAUAACUUCCUAAUGGGAACGGGAAAGAAGGGCCAUCACGUGUACAUCAUUGACUUCGGACUUGCAAAGAAGUACCGUGAUGCACGAACACAUCAGCACAUUCCAUACAAGGAAGGCAAAAGUUUAACUGGGACGGCACGUUACUGUUCCAUCAACACACAUAUUGGCAUUGAGCAGAGCCGACGUGAUGAUUUGGAAGGUAUCGGUUAUAUCCUCAUGUAUUUCCUCCGUGGCUCACUGCCGUGGCAGGGUUUAAAGGCACACACCAAACAGGAGAAGUACGCCCGUAUUUCUGAUAGGAAGCAGACCACAUCCGUAGAGACUCUCUGCAGGAGCUUCCCUGCUGAGUUUGCGGCAUAUUUGAACUACACCCGUAGUCUACAUUUUGAGGACAAACCGGAUUACAGUUAUUUGAAACGUCUCUUCCGUGAGCUUUUUGUGCGUGAAGGUUAUCAUGUGGAUUAUGUUUUUGACUGGACACUAAAGCGGAUUCAUGACACGUUGCAAGAGGGCCGUGCGGAUCAGCAGCAGCAGCAACAACAACAGCAGCAACGGCGUGGAUCUGAAAAGGAAGAUGAACAUCCCGUCUAA